AUGUUUUCCUCCAUCUCCUCAGUGAAUUUCAUAAAGGAGAAUAGUCAAGAACUCAUUCAAAGGAUGGGAAUAACUGUCAUAAAACAAAUUGUGGAUGACCUAUUUGUAUGGAAUGUUCUGAACUUCGAAGAAGUAAACAAUAUUUGCUGUGAGAAGGUAGAGCAGGAUGCUGGGAGAGGCAUCAUUCACAUGAUUUUGAAGAAGGGUUCAGAGGCCUGUAACCUCUUUCUUAAAUCUCUUGAAAAGUGGAACUAUCCUCUAUUUCAAGACCUGAAUGGACAAAGUCUUUUACAGCAGAUGUCAGAAGAAGAUGUAGAUCGUUUGGCUCAGGAUUUAAAAGAGUUAUACCAGACCCCAUCUUUUCUGAACUUCUAUCCCUUGGGUGAAGAUAUUGACAUCAUCUUUAAUUUGAAAAGCACCUUCACAGAACCUGUUCUGUGGAGGAAGGACCAGCACCAUCAUUGUGUGGAGCAGCUGACCUUGACUAGUCUGCUGGACACUCUUCAGAGCCCCUGCAUCAUUGAAGGGGAAUCUGGCAAAGGGAAGACCACUUUGCUUCAGCGGGUUGCCAUGCUCUGGGGCUGUGGCAAGUGCCCGGCUCUGGCCAAGUUCAAGUUAGUCUUCUUUGUCCGUCUGAGCAGGGCCCAGGGUGGACUCUAUGAAACCCUGUGUGAUCAGCUGUUGGAUUUACCUGACAUGAUCAGGAAGCCGACUUUCAUGGCCAUGUUGCUGAAGCAAAGGCAGAAGAUUCUUUUUCUCCUUGAUGGCUACAAUGAAUUCAACACCCAGAACUGCCCAGAAAUCGAAGCCCUGAUAAAGGAAAACCACCGCUUUAAGAACAGGGUCAUCGUCACCACCACCACGGAAUGCCUGAGGUACAUCAGGCAGUUUGGGGCCCUGAUCGUUGAGGUGGGGGACAUGACCAUGGAGAGUGCCCAGGCUCUCAUCCGGGAAGUCCUGAUAAAGGAGUUCGCGGAAGGCAUGUUGCUUCAAAUCCAGAAAUCCAGGUGCUUGAGGAAUCUGAUGAAGACCCCUCUCUUUGUGGUCAUCACUUGCGCGAUCCAGAUGGGGGAAAGUGAGUUCCACUCAUAUACACAGACAACGCUGUUCCGCACCUUCUAUGAUCUGUUGAUACAUAAAAACAAGCACAAGCGGAAAGGGGUGGCUGCAGGCGACUUCACCCGGAGCCUGGAUCACUGUGGAGAUCUGGCUCUGGACGGCGUGUUCUCCCACAAGUUUGAUUUCGAACCGGAUGACAUUUCCUGCGUGAAUGAGCACGUCCUACUCACAACUGCGCUUCUCUGUAAAUACACAGCGCAACGGUUCAAGCCAAAGUAUAAAUUCUUCCACAAGUCAUUCCAGGAGUAUGUAGCAGGACGCAGACUCAGCGUUUUAUUGACAUCUGGACAGCCUGAGGAGGUAACCAAAGGGAAUGGUCACUUACAGAAAAUGGUUUGCAUUUCAGACAUUAUAUCCAAGUACAGCAACCUGCUCCUGUACACGUGUGGGUCAUCCACCACCGCCACCAGGAUGGUUAUCAAACACCUUGCAGCAGUGUAUCAACACGGCAACCUCCAUGGGCUUCCCAUCACCAAGAAGCCUCUCUGGAGGUGGGAUUCUAUGCAAAAUUUGAAAAACACCUCUGAGCAAGAAAUUCUGAAAGGCUUGAGCAUCAAUUCCUUUACAGAAUGUGGCAUCAAUUUAUUCCAAGAGAGUAUAUCCAAAUCAGCUCUGAGCCAAGAAUUUGAAGAUUUCUUUAGUGGUAAAAGUUUAUAUAUCCACUCAGAGAACAUCCCUGAUUAUUUAUUUGACUUCUUUGAACACUUACCUAAUUGUGCAAGUGCUCUGGAUUUCAUUAAAUUGGACUUCUAUGGGGGAACUACAGCUGCGCAGGACAACACCCCAGAUGACACAAGCAAGACCCACAUGGAAGAGUCCUCAAGAACCUACAUUCCCAACAAGGCUGUAUCUUUGUUCUUCAACUGGAAGCAGGAAUUCAAGACUCUGGAGGUCACCCUCCAGGAUUUCAGCAAGUUGCAUAAGAAAGACAUCAAAUACCUGGGAAAGAUAUGCAGCUCUGCCACAAACCUCAGGCUGAACAUUAAGAGAUGUGCCGGCCUUGCUGGAAGCUUCAGUUUGGUCCUCUGCACCUGUAAGAACAUCCAAUCCCUGGUGGUACAAGCCAGUCCCCUUACUGUAGAAGACGAGCAGGGCAUCACAUCUGUGGCCAACCUGAAAACCUUGAGUAUUCAUGACCUACAGACACAACGGCCACCAGGAGGCUUGACUGAAAACUUAGGUAAUUUGAAGAACCUUACAGAGCUCAUACUAGACAACAUUAAGAUGAAUGAGGAAGAUGCUAUAAAACUAGCUGAAGGUUUGACAAACCUGAAGAAGAUAUGCUUACUUUGUUUGAGCCACUUGUCUGACAUUGGGGAGGGAAUGGAUUACAUUGUAAAGUCUUUGUCAGCUCAGCCCUGCAGCCUUGAAGAAAUCCAAUUAGUCUCUUGCUGCCUUUCGGCAAAUGCCAUCAAGGCCCUAGCUCAGAAUCUUCACAAUUUGUCCAAAUUGAGUGUUCUUGGUUUAUCUGAAAAUCACCUGGAAAAGGAUGGAAAUGAAGCACUACAUGAACUGAUUGACAGGCUGAACGUUCUGGACCAGCUAAAGAUGCUGAUGCUGCCCUGGGGGAGUGAUGUGCAAGUUAGCCUGAAGAGCCUAUUGAAGCAACUGGAGGGUGCCCCACAGCUGGUCAAGCUUGGACUGAAAAACUGGAGACUCACAGAUGAAGAGAUUAGAAUUUUAGGUGCAUUUUUUGAAAAGAACCUCCUGAAAAACUUACAGCAGUUGGAUUUGGCAGGAAAUUGUGUGAGCAGUGAUGGAUGGCUUACCUUUAUGGGUGCAUUUGAGAACCUUAAGCAAUUAGUGUUUUUGGAUUUCAGCACUAGAACAUUUUUACCUGAUGCAGCACUGGUCAGAAAACUUAGUCAUGUGUUAUCCAAGUUAACUUUUUUGCAAGAAGUUAGGCUUGUUGGGUGGCAAUUUGAUGAUGAUGAUCUCAGUGUUCUAACAGGUAAUUUUAAACUAGUAACUGCUUAA